AUGACUCUCGCUGUAGCUCUCUUCUUCCUCCUGCUCCACCGCCAUGUCUCCGCCUCCAACGACGAGGUCAAAUCACUCCUUGAGUUCAGGAAGGGCAUCAAAUCCGACCCCUCCGGCCGGGUCUUUUCCUCCUGGGUACCCCCCUCCAACGCCUCCGCCUGCCCCAGCGGCUUCUACGGCGUCUCCUGCGACGAAGCCACCUCCGCCGUGGUCGCCGUCGCCCUCGACGGACUCUCCCUUUCUGGGGACCUGAAAUUCAGCACCCUCAUCCCGUUAAAGUUCCUCCAGAACCUGACCCUCGCUGGGAACUGGCUCACCGGGCGCCUCGUCCCGACUCUCGGGGUAAUGUCGUCUCUCCAGGUGAUUGAUCUAUCUGGUAAUCAGUUCUAUGGGCCGAUUCCGUCCAGGUUGAAUGACCUUUGGGCCCUGCAUUAUCUCAAUCUGUCGAACAAUAAUUUCUCUGGAUGGUUUCCUGCUGGAAUUCGCAACCUCCAGCAGUUGAAAGUUUUGGAUUUGCACUCGAACCAGCUUCAGGGGGUUAUGGGGGAAUUGAUUCCGGAGCUGAGGAAUCUGGAAUAUGUGGAUUUGAGCAGAAAUGGUUUUUCCGGUUCAAUGGAACUCAGUGUGGACAAUGUCUCUAGUUUGGCCAACACAGUGAAGUAUGUGAACUUGAGCUGGAACAAUUUGGGGGGUCGUCUAUGGGGGGAUGACGCCAUGAGAUUGUUUCGGAACUUGCAGGUAUUGGAUUUGGGUGAUAAUAUGAUUGGUGGUGAACUUCCAGAGUUUGGGGAGCUGCCGAAUCUUCGUACGCUCAGGCUGCAGAAUAAUCAGCUUUCUGGGUCUGUACCUGGGGAGUUACUGCAGGGAGCUGUCCCAUUGGUUGAGUUGGACCUCAGUGUUAAUGAAUUUUCUGGUCCCAUCCCAGUGAUCAACUCAACAACUUUGGUUACUCUCAACCUCUCAUCAAACUCAAUCUCCGGUCCCUUGCCGCCAUCAUUAGGAAAUUGUCUGAAUGUCGAUCUUAGCAGAAAUCUUCUAUCAGGCGACAUAUCUGUUUUAAAUAACUGGAACUACAAUCUGGAAGCUUUAGACUUGAGCUCCAAUGGCUUGAGAGGUAUCCUUCCCAAUUUGACACAAUUCGAAAAAUUGACUUUGCUCAGAGCUAGAAACAAUUCGUUGGAGGGGCCAUUGCCUUUUACAUUGGGCUCCAAACUCGUCACAGUCGAUCUGAGCUCCAACAGAUUCGAUGGCCCAAUCCCGCAUAGCUUCUUUACUUUGCUCACCAUCACAAAUCUUAACCUGUCCGGCAAUCAUUUAACUGGACCCAUUCCUAUCCAAAACUCUCAUGCGAGUGAGCUAUUGGUUCUUCCUACAAUUCCACCGAUGGAGUCUCUAGACCUUUCAAAUAAUGCCUUAACCGGUGAAUUACCAUCGGAUAUAGGUAACUGGGGGAUGCUUAAGUUGUUUAAUCUCUCAAGGAAUAAUCUGUCCGGACAGAUCCCUAGCGAAUUAAGCAAACUUACUGUUCUGGAGUAUCUCGAUUUAUCCCAUAACUAUUUCAACGGUCACAUUCCUGGUAGACUGCCGUCAAGUCUUAAGUUCUUCAGCGUGGCUUACAAUAAUUUGUCCGGAAAAAUCCCCGAAAAUUUGGCUGGCUUUCCCGAUUCUUCAUUUACGCCUGGAAAUGAUGGGCUCGACCAGCAUCAUCAUGGUUCCCCUUCGGAUAACCAUGUUCAGAAUCAGCUAGACAACAGAACCCACCACCACUCUAAAACUAGCAUCACUAUAGCUAUAAUUGUAGCAUGUACUGGAGCUGCCGUGAUGAUAGCUGUUGUUCUUUUUGCCUACCGUCGGGCCCGCCUUCACGAUUUUCGUGGCUUCCGUGGACCCUCUGGUGGUCAAGAAGUCAAGGUGGGAAGACUUGGCCGUCCUUCACUUUUCAAUUUCCACACGGGAGGUGCAGGCCCUCCCCCAACCUCAUUGAGCUUUUCCAAUGACCAUCUGUUGACUUCUGGUCAAAAGGGGUCCGGAGAAUCAUCUGGUGGUGCGGGACCCGCUGCUACUGGUCAACCGGAUAACAGUCACCCGACAACAUCCGGAAGGAAGUCAUCCUCUCCGGACUCUCCAAUGGCUUCGUCCCCUCGAUUUAUAGACGCAAUAGGACAAUCUGUGACGUUAAAUGUAUAUUCGCCUGAUCGAUUGGCUGGGGAUUUGCUUUUCUUGGAUAAUUCACUUGUAUUUACAGCAGAAGAGUUGUCCAGGGCCCCGGCAGAGGUUUUGGGUAGGAGCAGCCAUGGGACGCUGUACAAAGCUACACUUGAUAAUGGGCAUAUGCUGGCCGUCAAGUGGUUGAGGGUCGGGUUAGUCAAGAACAAGAAAGACUUUGCAAAGGAAGUGAAGAAGAUUGGUUCUAUUAGGCAUCCGAAUAUAGUGCCUUUACGUGCUUAUUAUUGGGGGCCAAGAGAACAAGAGAGGCUUAUCUUAGCUGACUAUGUGUCGGGCGACAACUUGGCCUUGCAUCUUUACGAGUCGACACCUCGGAGGUACUCCCCAUUAUCGUUCAACCAAAGGCUGAUCGUUGCCAUUGAGGUUGCUCGUUGCCUUCUCUUCCUUCACGACCGGGGCCUCCCCCAUGGGAACCUAAAGCCUACAAACGUGAUCCUUGCUGGCCCUGAGUAUACUGUCCAGCUCACCGACUAUGGGCUCCACCGCCUGAUGACGCCAGCUGGCAUCGCGGAGCAAAUCCUGAAUCUGGGGGCCCUUGGCUACCGGGCCCCCGAGCUUGCUGUGGCCUCUAGGCCCAGCCCAUCUUUCAAGGCUGAUGUGUACGCGUUUGGUGUGAUUCUGAUGGAACUGCUGACGAGAAAAAGCGCAGGCGACAUCAUCUCGGGGCAGUCGGGGGCCGUCGAUCUGACUGAUUGGGUGAGAUUGUGCGAUCAUGAGGGACGAGGGAUGGAUUGCAUAGACAGGGAGAUUGCGUGUGGGGAAGAGCACACGAAAGCCAUGGAUGAAAUGCUUGCGGUUUCAUUGAGGUGCAUUCUGCCUGCAAAUGAGCGGCCGAACAUCAGGCAGGUCCUGGACGAUUUGUGUUCGAUAUCAUCGUCGUCUGUGUGA